AUGGAAGAUUGGCUCGUGCUUAAGAAUUUCUACGAGGGGCUCACACUCAUGUCAAAGGGGCACAUCGACACCACUGCUGGAGGUGCGUUCCUCUCCCUGACCAUCGAGAAUGCUAUGGCAUUAAUUGAGAAGAUGGUAGCCAACCAGAGUUGGGGAGAGGGACGCAAAACACAAAAUGGCAUGAAUACCAUGAAGGAGACGGAUCUGCUUGCCGCAAAAAUAGACAUACUAAUGAAGAGAUUGGACGGACAGACCACUGAUCCUACCAUCGGCACUGUCCAAGCCAUCGACUCACGCAUGACGUGUGAGGAAUGUGGGAAUUUUGGCCACAUAGGGAUCAAUUGCCCUAGAACCCAGGAGGACGCAUCGUUCAUCAACAACGGGUUCCGCCAACAACAGCAAGGUAAUGGGUGGAACAACCAGAACCGCCCCCAAGGUAAUUACUCCAGUUUUAAUUCCUCCCAGUCUUUGCUGAAAGAUCUUGUGCUAGGUCAGGCCAAAAUCAAUGAAAAUCUUGUGACCAUGAGAGGGGGUAAGACCACUCAUGAUCCCCCUUAUCCUAACCAUAAGACACGAAUGGUGCCACGGCAACGGGAGGAAACACAGGCAGAAGGGUUGGCUCAACCAUCAGAAGAAUCCAUGGAAGACGAGCCGACCCCAAACAACUAUGGGGACACCACGAUGCUACCCUUUCCCACAAGAGAAAGGAGGAAGAAGAAGGACGGAAAUGAACAGUUCCUCCGCUUCGUGGAAAUGGUCAAAAAGACGCACAUUAGUGUACCGUUGAUGGAUGUCUUGCAUAUUCCGUCCUACUCCAAGUUCAUCAAGGACAUCAUCAACAAGAAGCAACCAUUGCCGUCCACUAAAGUUGUCAAGCUGACAGAAGAAUGUAGCGUAGCUAUACUCAAUGAGCUGCCUAAGAAGAAGCAGGAUCUUGGGUGCCCCACAAUCUCUUGCUCAAUUGGGGCCCAGCAAUUUGACCACGCCCUAUGUGAUUUGGGGUAG